ACUAGGCGCCCGGGUCCGCGCGUCCGCGGCCUGGCCGGCGAAGAACAUGGCGCUGCCCCCGGCCGCCGCGCCCCCCGGGGCUGGUGAGCCUCUCGGCCUGCCGCUGUCGGCGCUGCAGCCAGAGCCGGUCGGCGUCCCGCUGCACUCGCCCUGGACCUUCUGGCUGGACAGAUCACUCCCUGGUGCCACAGCAGCUGAGUGUGCCUCGAAUCUGAAGAAACUCUACACUGUGCAAACAGUACAGAUAUUCUGGAGUGUGUACAAUAACAUCCCUCCUGUGACCAGCCUGCCUUUGAGAUGUAGUUAUCACUUAAUGAGAGGGGAGAGGCGACCACUUUGGGAGGAGGAGAGUAAUGCAAAGGGUGGCGUGUGGAAGAUGAAAGUUCCCAAGGACAGCACGUCCAUAGUUUGGAAAGAGUUGUUGUUAGCGACCAUUGGAGAGCAGUUCACAGACUCUGUGGCAGCAGAUGACGAAGUGAUAGGGGUCAGUGUGAGCGUUCGGGACCGAGAGGAUGUCAUCCAGGUCUGGAAUGUCAAUGCCUCAUUAGUGAGUGAAGCUACUGUGCUGCAGAAGAUCCAUGAACUCCUGCCCCACGUAUCUUUUAAAGCCGUGUUUUAUAAACCCCAUGAAGAGCAUCAUGCUUUUGAAGGUGGACGUGGAAAACACUAAUUGCACUCUGUAAAGAAUUCUUUAUCCUUUGCUGAUUGGUUUUGGAAACGGUCUUAACAGGAGGGAGAGUGAAGAGAAGACUUGCCGAAGCCCGAUGCUGGUCCAUUUAGAGUGGGUUUCUGUCCUUACAGACGGGGCCAUUAGGACUCCAAGUGGCAGGUGGAGUUGGGGGAGAGUGUGUGGGUUUCUGCCAUCAUAUCACUUGGGGAUUUUUAAGAUUUUUUUUCUUUUUUUUUAGCCUUCUAAAUUCUCUGUUCUUUGCACUCUUCCCCCUCCCCAUAAGAUUCCUGAUUUGGAGUAAUUAUUGUUUUCUGCACACCCUUUCACUGAGGCAUAAGAACGGGGUUUCCCCUUCAGUGGCUCCACUGUACCUUGUUAAGGGACACCUGCCACAGGACUGCCUGUGAAGCCACAGGGCACCAGGAGGAAGCCUAGCCUAGCCAAACCCCCUUUCUGAUAAAUUGUUGUGACACUUGCCUACAUACUGUGAGCCGGGCAUUGUUUCCUUUGUGUGUGUGCUCCAUUGAAACCAUACCCAUUGACAGCACACACAUCUUAAGACCUUCUUAAAAAGCAGUGUGAGGAAAAGAAAUUGUUGGUUUGCCUAGCAUGAAAACUUUAAUCACAAUUGAGUGUCAGGCUCAAAAUCAAACUCUAGGAUUUGGGGGCCCACUGUGCAAGUAUUUUGAAUCAGAAUCCCAAUGUAACCUUUUGACAGAAGCCCAUGAUUUGUCCAGAGAGGAAAGCUGCUAUUUCUGAUUUAGAGAGGAGGCCAUGUUUAUUGUGUAGAAUGAAGCGUCUUCCUAAGUUCCCACAGGUUUACCCACUCUCCGCAUCAAUUCUCACCCCUUGUGUUAAGUGGUCCAUCCCUUUUUCCAGCCCCUGUCAUAUGUCCUUUCUGAAAAUCGAUGGCCUUCCAGCAGAGGUUGUCUUUUCCUGUCAUUUGCACACUGUUGCAAGAAGCACCCAGGCGCUCACACAGUUGAACUUGAGCAUAACUGUGCUAUUAGAUCUUGGAUUAUACUACCAAAGAAAUACUGGUUUCAGUAGAAGAAAACAUUUCAGAGUAUUGCAACUCCUGGCAAAUGCUCCUCUCUCCCUCUCUCCCCCGCUUGGUAAUUAAUGUUCCCUGGGAGAGGCCCUGCCUUCCCUUGGCUUGGGUGUAGAGCCUAGGACCAUUGCGGUUUCUGUAUUUCUCAAAAUGGCGAAGUUGUCAUUAUCCUUGCACUGCUGUCCAGUGGAGAGAUGGGGCUUCUCUAACCCUCCCACAUGGAUUUGUAAAUAAAAUUCUCCAUUCAGACACUUCAAAUGGCUCUCAGUAGCAUCUGUUUGUAAGCACUCAGCCAAAACACUUAGCUCUCAAUGUUUAGGAGGUAUUUCUCUGAACGUAAGUCCCUCAACAGUUUCACUCAUCAGGGGAUUGGAUACUUCUAGAAAAAUCCCAGGAUGUGUUUGUCUAAAUGACGUGUUCUUCUCUGAACAAUUUCUAAACUUGUUUAAAAAGUAUAACUCAAGGAUUUAAAACUUAUUCUGGACAUGAAUUGAAAUUCCUUUUUUUAUAAUAUAAGUAUUUUCUUAUAAAUUAACAAAAAGGAUAUAAUUGACUUCCUUAUUAUAAUUGUCAUAUAUAUAUUUCCUUAAGUAAAUAAAUUUUGAGGAAUUUUUAUUUUUGAACUUUAUUUAAAGCAUUUGUGGUGACAUGUUUAAUUUUUUGCAUGUAUGUAGCUUUUGAGUAAAAAUAAUAAAAUAAAAUAAAUAGGAA